ACUUCCAGCCACGACUCGAUAACUAGCAACAAUCUGUCGCUGACAAAUGCCAAUCUAACCAUCGGCGUCAGUGGAAAUGAUGGAUCGGCUUCUAAUUUGAUUGACACAAAUUUGGGGGGAGGCUCAGGCUGCAAUAGCCCUUCACCUAGCCCUACUCCAUCACCUUGGCCAAGUCCCAGGCCCUAUACCAAGAGGGAUCACUCUAGACCUCAUUCGGAUGUUGCUAAUUUCGUCAAUAAAGAUAUAUCCCCUAGCAAACCAGAGGAUCAACAAAACCAGGAAGCAAUUAAUCGAUCUUCGGACUCUGCCGAACCUGGACGGAAUUCAGCGUACGAAGUUAGAAAGGAAACCAGAGCUGGAGAUCGUACCAAGAAAAAGUCAUCAUGGUAUAACGUACUUUAUCCAACUUAUAAAUCACGAUCUGAGGAUUUUAAAAGGAUUUUUAAAGACGUUCCGGAUGAUGAACGACUUGUUGUUGAUUACUCUUGCGCCCUGCAGCGAGAUAUACUUGUUCAUGGAAGAUUGUACGUAUCCCAAAACUACAUAUGUUUUUAUGCAAACAUAUUUUCAUGGGAAACGUCAGUAUCUCUGCGUUGGAAGGACGUCGCCUCAAUAACGAAGGAGAAAACUGCGCUAGUCAUACCAAAUGCUAUACUAGUCUGUACGGAAACGGACAAAUUUUUUCUCACAUCAUUCGGGGCCAGGGACAAAGCUUAUCUUAUGCUCUUCAGAGUUUGGCAAAAUGCACUGAUAGGUCAGCCAAUGAGCAUGACCGAAAUGUGGCAGCUUGUUCAUGCCUGCUAUGGUGAUGAGCUUGGCCUUACUUCUGACGACGAAGAUUAUGUACCUUCGCUCUUACCCGCACAGGAGGAUAAAAAAAUCUCCAUUCAACUCUCAGUCGAAUCGUAUUCCGAAGCUGAAGGGGGAGCAGUGGUUAAUUCAGAUAAUCUAUUGAUGCCACCUCAGCCCAACAAUUCGUCUAACCCUGAACUUGACAGACGUUCAUCAACUAGACCAGAGUCUCAUCUGGAUCCUACCGAUCUCAGUGAUACGACAGAGAGCGAGGCCGAGAAGCAUCCACUACGCAUUGCCCUACGCAGUAAUGCAGUGUGCUCAGCUGUGCAUGAUGGACGGCAACUUUGUAACGCAACAUUACCUAUUCAUAUAGAUCAAUUAUUCACAUUGCUCUUUACCAACUCAAAGUUCUUCUUGGAUUUUCAUACGGCACGAAAAACCACCGAUCUGGUACAAUCGGCAUGGACACAAGACAGUCAAACGGGUCAAAAAUCAAGAACGGUUUCACUAACUAUAUCACUGUCGCAAUCUGUUGGCCCGAAAUCUUCCCAAGUAACAGAGACGCAGAUAAUGCUACCAUGCAGCAGACCUGGGCAUCUAUACUGUAUAGAUAUAGAGAGCAACAACGCAGGUAUACCUUAUGCAGAUUCAUUCAGCGUUCACACGCAUUACUGUAUGACAAGUUCUACGGAGGGUGAGACAAACCUUGCAGUAUUUUCACAAAUUAAAUACAAGAAGAAUGUCUGGGGUCUUGUUAAAAGUUUUAUCGAGAAAAAUUGUUGGGCUGGAUUAGAAGAGUAUUUUGGUAGCUUGGUAAAAGCGCUGAGCGUUGAAAGUGAGGAAGGUAAUGUUGGAGUGGGAUUGAAACGCAAGGCGAGACGACGAAGGCGGUUGACCGGGGCUGGCGCAUCUCUACAAGCACAUCCCACAGAUCACUUACAGUCUUGCCACCAAGCCGUUACAGCAGACUUGCCACGAGUAUACAACAACAAUGUUUCAGGUGUUCGCAACGACACCAGCAACAUAGUAAGCUGGAUACUUCUCUUAGCAGUUUUAUGCCUUAUGCUAAUAAAUGGUUUACUUUAUUAUAAAUUAUGGGGCUUAGAAGAAGCUGCUGCUUACACCAUUAUGGAUCUACACGUUCUCAAAAAUACACCAAAGACGGAAGAGGAUUGGAUAAACUUGUUGCAACAACAAGAGAGUCUUCAUAAUGUGGAAAUGAGGAAGUGGCAGAGAGUUUUGCACACAGCGGCUCAAUUAUUGAGACAGACUGAAGAGUCAUUGACUGAACUGCAAAUGAGUAUUCAUCCAACGGUAACAGACAACGUGAUAUCUGUGUUGAAAACGUUAUCUUCUUCAAAGUCUUCUGAAUCUAGAUCUGAUCAUCAGAGCUACGAAAUGUAAAUAUCGUCGAAGUACAGAGGAUCAUGGUAGAGUAUAAAAAUUUGUAUUAUUUUUAUUUUCCUCUGGGAAAAAAAGCAACAAGAAUAUAGUGAGGGAUCAUAGAAAAAAAAAUCACAAGCAAAAGGUUACAAUUUUACUUUUUAUCGAAAGUUUUUAUUACAAUAUGAUUUAUGAUUUUUUGCGACAGCAUAAAACAAGAAAAAACCAAUAGAGAAAGAGAGAUAACCCUAAAUGAAUUAGAACGUAAAUUAUAUAUUAUUAUACAUUUGGCAAUUUUGUUUGCAGAUUGUGUACUUAAGUGACAGAUGCAUACAAUUAUACAUAUUAUUGACAGCCAAUUUUUGGGGCAGGGAGGGAUUUAUGUUUGAAUGAAAUGCAGAAAAUGAUAUACAUGAAUUUUAACGCAUUUAAAAGUAUUAAUAAUUAUACAAUAGUUAUUGUUAUUAUUAUAUUUCAUUGAAGUAUCAAUUACAAACGAUCAAUUUUUAUCGAUCAAUGCGAUGCUGUACACGUAUAGUAUCUGUGUGUAGUACUGUAAAUUACACACAAACUGUCCGUGGAUUAACGAUUGAAUGAAUGGCGCACAGGUUGUGUAAGUUUGAUCAUUUACUUACAGUUCCUGAACGAAAAAUCAAAGAGCGUGUCUGAGAGGGUGAUAGAAAAGAAGCCCAGUGAAUCUAAAUAUGCUAAAUAUGCUCGCCUGUAGUUAAUUUAUCGAAAAUGAAUUGUGCAUUUACGAAACCUGUGGACCAAUUUUAUUUGGUCGGGUUGGGAAAACGUUAAAUCGAAAGACAAAAAAUCGGAUUAGCAAAUAUUACUUACUAUAGCACAAUAUAGAGUCGAAGUGAGUUAAUAAAUCAAUUAUUGUAUUGAAGGAGCCAGCGAUUAGUGCAAGUAACAAGUAUUAUGAUAUUUAUAUAUAUAUAUAUAUAUGUGUAUGUAUGUAUAUAUAAACAUAUAUUUACAAUACAGUAUACAUAUAUAAAUGAGUUAGUAUAUCAUUGAAAUAACUUGGUAAUAAUAGCCGUAGUUCGUGCAUUAAAAUAUAAAAAAUGAAAGUAGUGGUGAAUACACGGUAUUAACUAAUGACAACAAUUUAAUUGUUGCGCUCUUCUCGUCACGUUCUACGUGUAUCAUCUGUAUUAAUUACGUAAUGUACAAGUCCGUAUUGUUAAUCAUUUCAAACCAUUGAUAAAAUGGAUGUGGUUUUUUAGAAUUCUUUUUUGGUCGCGAUCUGUUCUAAUUUACGUUAAUUUCGAUUUUUUCUGUUGAAGGAUUAUAUGAAAAGUUGACAUUUCAAAUUAUGCGUAUAACGUUACGUAUGUACUGUCAGUACUAUGAUGGUAAUAGGAUAGGAAUAGAUAUAUAUAUAUUUUAAUCACGUUGUAGCAACCUGAAUCAGUUUUUGUACUCAGGCUAUCUGUUAAUAAAACUUUACGUUAAUCAAU